GUUGGUUGGCGUCUGCGGGAAAACAAGACAGAGGGAGGGAGCGAAACAGCCUCGAGGGAGCAGGACAGCACACCGACAACGAGCUGGUGCGGGGAAUUCAACAGAGGGGAUUCGAAUGCGGUAGCAGAACUAGCUGGUCUACGAUAGCAGUAGCACGGAACCAGGGCGAGGGCGCCUCCAUCACCGGACUUACGACUACCGCUGAGAGGUUUCGUCGCCACACCAGCCCUUUUGACGAAGAGCCGCGGCCGUUUCAAACAUGGCUGUGAAGAAUACUCUACAGUCGGCGUCGUCCUCCAGCCUCGCCCUCGGUGCCGGCCUGACGAGCCUCGUGGCGGUGUUGGCCUACCGCAUCGGCGUAAUCGAGAGGAGGAGGCGUCCCUCGGGCGCGCGGUGGCAGCCGUCGAAGCGGUCUGCCGAGCUCACUCGGGGAGGAACGCCGGCGCACAUCCUCGAACACAUCGCAAGAUUAGGCGACCCGGACUAUAUCUGCCUCUCCAUCGCCGAGAACAAACUGACGAGAUUUCUCGCCGCCCUCGCCCCUGAAUGCGCGCAACGCCAACAACUCAAGGUUGGCCCUCUGCUGGACAAACUCCGCGAGUUCUCGGUCACAGCAGCGCAGUUUCGAGGAGUCGGAGAGCCGCCAAGGCAACGCCGCGCUUCCAUCACCACCGCCAUCACGAGCGACAAUAACAGGGGCCUCAACGUGGCCGGCGACAGCUCGGACGUCGACUCCGCGGAAGAAGGCGCCGCCUUGGGUGCCGCUGCCACCGCCACGACCCCGACGGCGCGGCCGGCAGACAUCUCGCCGGCCGACAUCAGCACAGCAGGAACGGUGGUGGCCAGCCCUAUGGUGGUGGGAGAGCCCGCGCACUCGACGAUAUCGUCGACAUCAACGGCAGUGGCACCCUCUAGUCACCGACUCGCUUCCAUGGGCUACGGGGAAGUGAGGGGCCCGCUGUGGGUACGGCGGGAGAUUGCGCAGAUGAUGGGGCGGCGUAUGUUCCACCGGGACGAUGUGGACCCGGACAACGUGGUUAUCGCCGCAGGGGCAACCUCCGUCUUGAGGUUGGUCGUGGUGGCCCUCACCGAGGAGGGCGAGGGCUGUCUUAUCCCCGGGCCGUACUUCCCUGGCUUCGACAAGGUGCUCAACAUCGCGGGCGUGAGGGCGUGGGUAGCGAACAGGGAUCCGGCCGAAGGGGGAGGGGGUGUGGAGGGUGGGGUAGACGAUGGAAUAUCCCCCCGCGUGCUGGAGACAGCCCUUCGGUGGUUCCCAAGUCAUGAUGCCCCGAUCGGCAGUCCUCUGCUGCGGAGUGUUCUGCCGUUCUACUCGGGUGGACGUGUGCCUAAGAAGUGUCCCUUUCCUCUGCCGCCGCCGCUGCUGCUGCUGCUCACGAUCACCAUCAGCCGCGCGAGAUCGUCAGGUGUAGAGAUUCGAGUGCUUCUCAUCACGUCACCGCACAACCCCACCGGGCGAAUGUACUCGCCUAAGGCCCUGCUUUCGGCGGUCUCGUGGGGGCGCCGGCGAGGCCUGCAAAUCGUUGUCGACGAGGUGUACGCCAACUGCAUCCAUAGGCCAAACGCGUCGUUCCGGAGCGUGGGGAGCCUUCUCAUGGCUGACGGAGCCGCGGGCAUGGGCGGCGACGUGCACGUUCUCUACGGGCUGUCCAAGGACCUCGGGGUUGCCGGCUGGAGGGUGGGCGUGCUGUACAGCGAGAACAAGAAGGUGGUUGCGAUGGUGUCGAAGAUGGCACAUGCCUCCCAAGCGUCUUCGGACACGAUGGACGUCGUCGGUCGCCUGUUCCGAGAGCCAAGCUUCCUGGACGACUACUUCACACAGCACCAGGCAAGCCGGCCAAGGCUGCGGCAAAAGCAAUUUUUUCUCGCCCCUGCGUGCUCUUCUUCCCUCUUCGUGCGUGCGUCACAGGAGGGCCUAAGGCUGGCCUACAUGUCCCUCGUGAACCAACUGGGGAGAAAGGGUAUCAUGUACCAGCAGGCGGAGGCGGGACUCUUCGUCAUGCUGGACCUCAGAGAAUGCCUGGAAGAUUGCUCCAAGGUGGCGGCGGCUGAAUUACAAGCUUGUGUGGCAGUCGUUUCCCCACCCCUACACGUUCGUCGGUCCCUUACGAGUUCCUCCAUGAUCGGCCUGCAUUUCUCGCAGGAGGCGGAGGAAAGGCUGUGGCGCCAGAUGCUGGAGAGCACCAAGGUCAACCUCACCCCCGGCGGGGCGUUCCACUGUGUCGAGCCAGGCUGGUUCCGGCUUUGCUUUGCUUACCAGCAAAUGGAUGUCGUUUCCCGAGCCGUGGACCGGAUCGCCGAUUUCGUGGAGGCGCUCGCCACGGAGCGAGCUGCUGCCGCCAGGAAGCUCGAGAAACAGGCCCAGCUUCGGCUUCUGCUGGAGCAAGAGCAAAUGCGGGUGCAUCCGCAACGGCGGCGGGUGCUGGGGUCGGCCUCCGCCGCCUGUGUGGAGGCGUUUUCGUCCGCGGUCGCGUUCCUCUCCGCAGCGGUUGCUGGCGUGAGCUCCGCUUCGACUGGCGAUUACACCGAGCGGGAGGAGGGGGGGGCACGCGUAUCGGAUUAUGGAGGCCCUGGCUCGGCGGCGAAAGGGGACAGGGGCCGGCAGGGCGGGCCCGCUGAGGCAAGGGCCGCAGUCGCUGCCCCAGGCGGUCUCGUCGGAACGGCAUCGCCGGAGUCAGAGACCUCUGAGUCCAGCCACGCGCGCCGUCCCAGCGUGGUGGACAUCUUGCCGUGGUAGCGAGAGCGCAAGCAGCAGUGGUUUGCGACAGGUCUGUUUUCUGCCGCUCUUUCGCUUUGCGCGACGUGCGCGGGCGGUUUGUGCGCGCGCGCGUCCGUUCCAAUACCCAUUUUUCUGCCUUCGUGUGCGUGCUUUGGAGGGUGCAGUUGUUUUUUCGUGUUUACGCGUUGCUCACCGCCCGACCCCUUGCUUAAGACCGUGAAGCCCCCUGGUCUACUGCCGGGGCCGCGGUGAGCGCCUUGUUGGUGCCAAGAAAACACAGCCAGCCAAGCGCUCAAUGUGGCCGUGGUUUCGGUUCCUACUUGUAAUAUGUUGCGUGUGUGGUGUGUGGCAGGUUUCGGAUUGUCGCCGUCGUGCAUGUGGCGCGGCACACCAGUCGGCGGGUCGACAAGGUUUGCACUGGCCUCCCGAUAUCAUUUGGCGCUGGCGUUGCUGGCAACGGGUUUGGUUUUCGAGUUGGUCGGCUUGGGCGUUGUGGCUUCAAUCGUGUUGUGGUUUCGUCUUUCUUGGCGGGUUGAGCUAGAGUUUCUCCCGAUGCCGCGACGUGCUACCUGCGGCACCGUCCUGUUGUGUCAAGUGGUGUUUUGAUGGAACUCGCUUAGCGAUGUGAAUAGGUAGGUGCCCGAGUGAAUGUCUGUCGUAGUGAACAAUGUCUUUCCCGACCAAAUGCCCUCGCUAUUGGCGUUGUGUGCACGGUGGUCCAUUGAUAAUGCGCCCUUACCGGUUGAAGGGUGCGCGUGUGCCGUUCUCUUGAGUAUUUUGGAACGCUUGGUUUGGUGUUGCAGCUGAGCGCGUUGACAUACAAGUGGCGUAUGAUGCACGUUUGGAAACUCUUAGUUGCUCAAAGUCGAUAUUUUUUGGUGAUGGGUAAGAAAGG